CAGGGAGGCGGCAUGUUUGACAUUGCUACAACCUCAUCGAGCUUGACAAUCAUUCUCAUGGUACAAAUUCUGUUUUAAAACACGACUUCUACUGGUUUUCUUUCAUUCGAAAAUCCUCAACUUGUGCUAAAUAUCAUACAAGAAACGUCCAUAAUAUAUCAAAACCACCAUGUCUUCCAACGUGGUGGUUAUCUCGACCGAUUUCCGUCGAGCUACCGUCAAGGUUUCGCCCGGAACCUAUCUCAUCGAUGUACUUGACGAAGCCUGCAGGAAGCUCAACCUGCAAAGCGAUAAAUAUUUACUAAAACACAACAACAAGCAGCUUGACCUAUCAAACCAACUACGAGCUUACAACAUCUCCCAUGGCGCCAAACUCGAGCUCGUAGUACGAUCCAACACUACUUCCGUAGUCAGCGUCGCCCUCAAACUGCCCGAUUCUGAAGCCGCCGGAAUCCCCAAUGGUCGCUUGAUUGAGAAGUUCCGCAGCGACACGACAUUAUGGAAGAUGCUCAGGCAUUUCGAGAGCGGCGCCUCUACCUCGGGUGCUGCUUCGAGUGGGAGGAAGUUCAACUUCACCGCUAGAGGAGUACCACAGACUGCAGCAGCAAAUCAGGCUGGGGCAGGACAACUGUACCACGAGGGCCCAGUGUUGAAUGUCAUGGGAAGGGAGUUGUCCUCCCUGACAGACCUGCAAAAGACACUGGCGCAGGUUGGCAUCAUGGGAAAUGUCCUGAUUACACUCUCUUUCAAGCUUUCGGGUAUGACACUGCAUGAGGCUAUGCAGCAGAUGGAACAGUUCUUCACAGAGGAUUCAGAGGCGUCCACGGCAGCAACAUCGGAGAAGCCCAAACCUGAAGAGCCGGCUGUGACAACACAUCCAUCAGCCCAAGAGAACACGCCACAACCAUUAAUACACACAAACUCGGCACCAGAAUCCCAGGAUCUAAAUACCAACGACGAUCAGAGCACUAGCCAGCCAGAUGCUUCAACAUCGGCGGGGCAGGGGACCAGUCAGCCAGCCGAAGCCCAAUCAUCUUCUCCUGGCCGGAGCAUGCAGGUUUUCGCAGCCCCGUCUGCAUCUAUGCCAGCGGCCGCCCUUACAAAAGACCCAGAGUCUGCCUUUCAACCUACCAUCAUGCAUGCGCAACUCCAUCAACAGCGCUUGCAGCAAAAUUCAGUCAACAAACGUCUGCCUUCGGAUCGAGAGAUCGAGGCGAAACAGCAGGCCGAGGCGGCCAAGCUGGCUUCAAUCAAGGAGGUCAGUAUCAAGGUCCGCUUCCCAGACAACACAUCGGCACAGUGGACUUUCGGUCCUGAGGAUACUUCUGGAUCGCUUUAUGCCGAAGUCAGAAAGGUCAUGGCAGAUCCAACGCAGCCUUUCAAGCUGGUUAGUCCUGCUGCAAAGGGUCCUGGUAGAACCGGUGAUUUGAUUGACGGAAGCGACGAGAAGCACAACUUGAUUCGAGCAUAUCGUCUAGAGGGGCGAGUAGUCGCGACGGUGGUAUGGGCCGAUGCGGUACCGCCCAGUGUACGAAAGGCACCAUUCCUCAAAGGAUCUGUGGCUCAGCAGGCUCAACAGAUACAGGUACCCGUCAUACCAGUUUCAACCCAAGAUACGGAGGAUGUACCGAUGCCAACGCCCACCGGAAGGUCUGAAAAGAAGGGAGACGGCAGCGGUGUGAAGUUACCAAAGUGGCUGAAGCUUCCUGGGAAGAAGUGAUGCAGCGAUGAUGAAUAAUGAAUGUAGUAUUUAUUGGCAAUCAAGC